AACCAAAACAAUGAGUUUAAAACUGAAAAUUAAAUAAAAAAUAUUAAAAAUCUGUUAAUUUAGCGUUUAAUUCUUGAUAAAAAUGGAAACCACGACAGUAUAUAAGGACAGUGAAGCACAAAAUGCUGAAAAUUCCAGGCUUGGAAAAUGUGAGGUCUGCAACGUUAACGAUGCGAAAUACACAUGCCCGAAAUGCGAAGUGAAGACCUGUUGCCUCUCGUGCCUCAAAAUCCACAAAACCGAGCUCGAAUGCGAUGGAAUUCGUGACAAGACAAAAUACAUUCCGCUGAAAAAAAUGACUCAGAUGGAUUUCAUGAGCGAUUAUCACUUUUUGGAGGAAUGCACGCGGUACGUAGCUGACCGCAAGCGAGAUAAAAUCAAAAAAUACACGAUUUACAACAAGGAACUUCCGACACACAUGUUCCGGUUGCGGGCGGCAUGCAAACAGCGAAAUAUCACAUUGAGAUUUUUACUUUCGAACUUUACGAAACAUCGAAUUAACACGACCAGAUUGGAUUUUAAGAAUCAAAUCGUCAAAUGGAAAAUCGAAUGGAAUUUCCCGAAUGUAGGGGAGAAGAUUUUGACAUUUUUCGAUGACGAAUGUUCCGAAACUGCGACAAUCGGAGAGUUGUUGGAGAAAUAUUUGAGUCCUGAGAGCGAUUUUGUGGGCAAAAAACAGCUGGAGUUCUAUCAAGCGAAGGGAAUUGACAAUUUGCGGGUGUUGCUGAAGGCAGAAGGAGUUAGAAAAUGCAAAAAUAGGUAUUACGAGUUAGAUUACAGGAAAAGUCUCAAAGAAAAUUUGGCUGGAAAGACAAUUGUGGAGUUUCCUGUUAUUGUUGUUGUGUUCGAGGAAGUCGCGAGAGAGUUGGAUAUCAUCGACAGUGACGAAGAAGAUGAAACAGAAAAGACACGAUAUGAACAAAUUUUGGGAAUAACAAGUGCUAAAAGACCAAAUCCUGACGAAUCUGAAGCUCUAAAUAAGAAAAAUCGAGUAGAAACCAACAAAAAUUUGCUGUUUUCCAAUGGAGAUGAUGUCGAAAGUUCAGAAGCUGAUGAUGAUGGUGCCACAACAGAAGAGGAAAAAGAGAGCUGAGUCAAUUUUUGAUACUUUUGUUAAAAUUUUAAGUUAAAUAUUAAAUUUUUCUAUUAAAAAACUAA